AUGUCAAAGCUGGAGUGGGUGGAGAUCAUUGAGCCUCGAACUCGAGAGCGAAUGUAUGCUAACCUUACCACUGGAGAAUGUGUCUGGGAUCCACCUUCUGGUGUCCGGAUAAAGCGCACCAAUGAAAAUCAGUGGUGGGAGCUCUUUGAUCCCAAUACCUCUAGGUUUUAUUAUUACAAUGCCACAACACAGAGGACUGUCUGGCAUCGGCCUCAGAACUGUGAUAUCAUCCCGCUGGCCAAAUUGCAGACAUUAAAACAGAACACUGACUCGCCAAGCCGUGCUUCGGCAGAGAACAGUCCAGGCCGGAGUAGUAAUAUGAGUAGGGAAGGGAGUACCAGCUCUUCCCUGGAGCAGGAACUGGAAGCUGAUAGGACACACGAACAAACACGGUUAAAACAAGCCCAGCAGAUUAUUGGGAAAGAGGAACCAGAGAGGACAUCACCUCAUCGCUGGAUGACCGGAACAAAGGAGCGAAUGUUAAUUAAAGUUACAGACCGGGAACCAAGUUAUUUAUUGCAUCAGGGUAAUGGGAAUGCUGAGAACCAGCCAGGAACACGGUCACGCCGGCCUUCAGGUCAUCAGCUGUCGCACGCUCACAGCUUCGCCUCAGAUAGUGACAACCAGGUCUUCUUUACAGAGCGCAAAUCAUCUCCUUACCUGAAAAGGGCAGAGCACAUUGGUGGCUGUUCCCCAGUACUGGCAAGAGGGGAGCCUUAUCAUUCCCCAAUCCAUUACCAACACAGAAAAUAUUCCUUUGAAUCCCAGCCUUCAUCUCCUCGCUAUGGCUAUGAGCCGCCUCUUUAUGAGGAGCCUCCUGUUGAAUACCAGGCACCUAUUUAUGAUGAGCCACCCAUGGAAGUGCAGUGUGAGGGAAUGAGCCUCUACAAAGCAGGGUCACCACAGAAAUCACCAGUCCGGAAGCCACAUCCAAUGCUUCACUCACCCAAACAGGGCCAGAACUCUCCUUAUCAGCAUCUAGUAUUAACAAAGCAAAAAUGUCCAGAGAAAUCAAUGAGCUUAGAAUACAGUCCAGUGGGCAAAGAACUAGUGAAGCAGCUGGUAUAUGUAGAGCAGUCUGGCUCCAGCCCAAAGUUCAAAACAAGUACAAAACAUCGAUAUUCACCUAGUGCUACAUCCACUAUUUCUUACUCAUUACAGCACAGCCAUUCGUUGGUUAGAGACUUUCAGUGUUCUGAUUCAAGAUCUGCCGAUUACAAUGGCCUGGAAGGAUCUGAAGCCAGGUAUAGUCAGCAAGGCAGUCAGUUGAUUCAUGAGGACUCCAUGUCAUGGUCCAGCCAGCAUGACUCGUUAUCUUCAAUAGGCUACUCCCCAAGCACAAGGAAAAGGAAAAGCAGGAAGCCCUCACUGACCCAAGAGACUUGUGGUGUGGUAGGGGAAAGCUGUGGAGAAAUUAGUCCUGUCCCAGAGCGGCUGCUGGCUGAAGAGAGGCACUCGCCCCUUGACAAGACUCAGGUGAGCCAGAGUGACAACAAGACCGUUGAGGCAGAGAUGCUGCGGGGAUACUCGGAUGUACACACAACCCAGGCAAGGCUGGCGCGGGAGGCACAGCAGCUCCAUCACAUCAAACAGCGCAGCAGCUGGGAUUCCCAGAAAGAAGUGUCUGGCUAUGAGAGUGAUGGGGCCCUUCCUUUACCUAUGCCAGGGCCUGUCGUUCGGGCUUUCAGUGAAGAUGAAGCUCUGGCUCAGCAGGAGGGCAAACACUGGAAAAGGAACACAUUUGAAAAGCUGGGCUUCCCUCAAGUGCUACUGGAAAAGAGUGUUUCUGUCCAAACUAACUUAGCUUCACCGGAACCUUACUUACACCCAUCACAGUCUGAAGACCUGGGCACUUGCAGUCAGUAUGAUAUUGGAAGGCAGAGCCGGAGCAUGAUGCCCAGUGCUAGCUGCGUCUUCCCUGGAUUCAUGCUGCGAAAGCCAUCCUCUGAGACAGAUAUUGAGAACUGGGCUUCCAAACACUUCAACAAGCACACACAGGGAAUAUUCCGUCGCAAAGUAUCCAUUGCCAACAUGCUGGCCUGGAGCAGCGAGUCGAUCAAGAAGCCCAUGAUAAUGACGGCUGACCGUAAUGUGAAGAAGGAAGCAUGCGAAGUGUUCAAAUUGAUCCAAAUGUACAUGGGGGACCGGAGGGCCAAGGUGGACCAGGUUAACGUGGCCCUGGAGAUCGCCACAAAAGGCUGGAGCAUGCAGGGCCUGAGGGACGAACUGUACAUCCAACUGUGCCGGCAGACCACCGAAAACUUUAGAUAUGAGAGUCUUGCCAGGGGCUGGGAAUUAAUGGCCAUCUGCCUGGCCUUCUUCCCUCCUACUCCCAAAUUUCACUCCUACCUGGAAGGCUAUAUCUACAGGCACAUGGAUCCCGUGAAUGAUGCAAAAGUGACGCGACACAUUAAAGAACUCCAGGAAAGGAAAAAUGAGAAGAAAUUGAAAUUGCGAAAGAAAGCAAAGCCUUGUAAUGCGGAUGCUGAUGGUGUUGCUAUUAGCACGUAUGCUAAGUACUGCUAUCGUAAACUACAGAAAUCGGCCCUGACUGGAGCAAAGAAGGGACUUCGGAAACCCAAUGCGGACGAGAUCAGACAUGCCACAAAUGCUGUUUUCUGCCCAUCCAUGUUUGGUAGCUCUCUGGAAGAGAUCAUGAAUAUGCAACAUGAGCACUAUUCAGACCGACAGCUUCCAUGGGUCCAAACUAGACUCUCCGAGGAAGUGCUGAAACUCAAUGGAGCACAGACUGAGGGUAUCUUCAGAGUUCCCGGGGAUAUCGAUGAGGUUAACGCUCUCAAGCUUCAAGUGGAUCAGUGGGUUAUUCCACAAGGGCUGACAGACCCCCAUGUUCCAGCCUCGUUGUUGAAGCUAUGGUACCGGGAACUCGAGGACCCACUCAUCCCUCAUGAGUUUUAUGAACAGUCCAUCAACCAUUACGAAAACCCAGAGGCAGCGAUUGCAGUUGUUCACUCCCUACCCAAGCUCAACCGGCUGGUCCUUGGCUACCUCAUCCACUUCCUGCAGAUUUUUGUCCAACCGGCCAAUGUCUCUGUGACCAAGAUGGAUGUCAACAACCUCGCCAUGGUCAUGGCCCCCAACUGUCUCCGCUGUCAAUCAGACAAUCCCCGCAUCAUAUUCGAGAACACCCGCAAAGAGAUGUCCUUCAUCCGAGUGCUAAUCCAACACCUGGACACCAGCUUCAUGCAAGAUGUGCUAUAG